AUGACCACGGCAGGGCUCUUGGUGCUCCUCUCCUUCGCGCUGUGCUGCGUCCCAGAUACUACCUUUGGGAUUGAGGUGGACUGCAGCACAUAUCCCAACACCACGAACGAGGAGGGCAAGGAGGUGCUGGUCUGCAGCGAGGCCGUCAGCCCCAUCUGCGGCUCCGACGGCGUCACCUACGGCAACGAGUGCCUGCUCUGUGCCUACAACGCAGAAUAUGGAACCAAUGUCAGCAAAGACCACGACGGAGAGUGCAAGGAAGUUGCCCCUGUGGAUUGCAGCAAGUACCCCAACUCAACCACUGAGGAUGGCAAAGUGGUGCUGCUGUGCCACAAAGACCUCAACCCCGUCUGCGGGACCGACUGGGUCACCUACAACAACGAGUGCCUGCUCUGCUCCAGGAGCCUGGAGGCUGGAGCCAGUGUUGGCAAGAAGUCUGAUGGUGCAUGUAAGAAGGAAAUUGUCACAGUUGACUGCAGUGACUACCCCAAACCUGUCUGCUCACUUGACUACAUGCCUCUCUGUGGCUCUGACAACACAACAUACAACAAUAAGUGUAUCUUCUGCAACGCAGUCGUGGACAGCAAUGGGACUAUCACUUUAAGCCAUUUUGGAAAAUGCUGA